GCCGACUUUGCUGCUGAACACUUUGCCAUGGCUCAAGACAAGAACUGCGACCGCCGUGUGCUUCACUGCCUGAUAUGCCUCAAGCCAACAGAGGUCCUUACAUCCCACCUCUCCAGGGUGUGCAUGAAAAACCAUACACCGGAGGAGCGGCAGCUCGAGCUGAAGAAGGCCAAGGAGUCCACCAAGGCCUGGACUUGUGAAGGCAGGUCAUGGGACUACCUUGACAUCUUCAAGUGGUGUCCUCACGUCCCGUCCAGGCAAGCUCUGGUUAGAGAGCUCAAGAGAAGAGGCUUUUUUGUCCUGAACUGCCCACCAGAUCUUGAAAAUCAAGAAGCUGAGGAGACAACAGUGCCUGAAGAAGAGCAGCCAUCAACCUCUGCUGCCCCACCCCCGCACAGAGAAGACCACGCUGAGGAAGGCAGCCCCACUCCAGCCUCUGAAGCGGAGGGAGGCAGCUCCAGUGACCCCACAUGGCAACGGUCAGAUCCCGAGUUCGCCACAUCAUUGAGGGUUCGCAUGCAGGAGGAAAACUUGUAUGCCAAGUUCCCACCUGAGGCAUCACUGCUGAAGAAGUUCAAGCACCAUUUGGAAUCUGUGCUCCAGAUUCCCAACUGCCAGCAUGAGGUCGACAAUGUGUCGAGGAUGCUGCGGUAUAUGCAGCCCACUGGCAAUGAGGUCAACUUGGACUUCCUCCAGAACACCUCUUUAGUGGGUGACUACUUCGAUGCCCUGAGAAGAGUGGGUCAGUCUGCAGCCACACGCAUAAACUACCUCAAAAGCAUGUUGAAGUUCAUCAAGUUCAUAAAGCUGGAACAUGGGGCCUCUGAUCCGGACACAAUGAACAAAUGUACUCACUACAUGGAGUUCCUGAGUGUACUUAGAAAGCCAAUUUCUAAAACGCACAGCAGAGACCUCUGCAGUAAAAGGCAUGAGUACUUCGUUGGACCAAAGGUGACAGUACACACCUUCCAGCAACUCCUCCGAGAGGCCAAGAAGGAUGCCCUUGUAACUUACGGACGUCUUCUCAGUCGUGAACCGGUGACCGAGGAGCAGAAGAUGUCUUACCGUUACUACUGUGAAGCCAUCCUCCUUCUGGGUCAUUUCCAGAGGCCUGGAGCAGUGGAUGGACUGACGGUUACGGAAUGGCUGCAGAAAGAGCUGCAACGGACGGGUGGUCGUGGCUGUCAAGUCCCACAAGAAGGCCAACAGUUAAUUGACCAGUACUACACGUCAGUACAACCCGACCACGUAAAAGACCUGGAGGACGAAGAUGUGGCUGCUGACCGGCUGUUUCUGGGGAGAAAUGGCAAACCCCUCAGCAGUGCCACCAACGACCUCCGGCGUCUGCAUGAACAGUGA